AGCGGGGCGGGGCCCGAGAAGAGGGUGGGGGGUGGGGCUAGGGAAAGGAAUUAGAAGGCUGCGGGGAGGAGAGGGAGGGCUCCCAGAGAUUAAAAGCAGCCAAUCAGAGCGCGCCGGCUUCAUUCGGAGAGCGGCGUGGGGCGUCGCCGCCGCCGCGCGCGCCGGGGGCUGGUUAAGGCCAUGAAACAAAAGAAACCCUGAGAGGGGAGCCGCUGCCACCUCCAGCAGCCCGCCCCGCAGCCGUCCCCACCCACCCACCUAGUUACCUGCCUCUGCCUCCUUCCUCUGCCCCUCCACCCCGCCCUCUCCAGUCUCCGGGCGGCCCUGGCGCUCCUCGGCCCGGGUCGCCAGCCCCGCCGCCUCCCCAGAGGAAAGGUGUUUGCGCGCUGAGCAGGGCCCGAGCCCUGUCCGCCAUGGGGCUCGCCGCCCGCCGCGCCUGACCCGGCCGCCGCCGCCGCCGCCGCCAUUGACAGCGCGCCGCCGCGAUGCCGAGCGGCAGCUCCGCGGCCCUGGCCCUGGCGGCGGCCCCGGCCCCCCUGCCGCAGCCGCCGCCGCCGCCGCCGCUGCCGCCGCCCGCGGGCGGCCCGGAGCUGGAGGGGGACGGGCGCCUGCUGAGGGAGCGCCUGGCCGCGCUAGGCCUCGACGACCCCAGCCCGGCGGAGCCCGGUACCCCGGCGCUUCGGGCCGCGGCGGCGGCGGCGCAGGGCCAGGCCCGGCGGGCGGCGGGGCUGUCUCCGGAGGAGCGGGCUCCGCCCGGCCGGCCCGGGGUCCCGGAGGCAGCCGAGCUGGAGCUGGAGGAGGACGAGGAGGAGGAGGGGGAGGAAGCGGAGCUGGACGGAGACCUGCUGGAGGAGGAGGAGCUGGAGGAGGCAGAGGAGGAGGACCGGCCGUCGCUGCUGCUGCUGUCGCCGCCCGCGGCCGCCGCCUCCCAGACCCAGCCGAUCCCGGGCGGGUCCCUGGGGUCGGUGCUGCUGCCCGCCGCCAGCUUCGAUGCCCGGGAGGCGGCCGCGGCGGCCGCGGCGGCGGGGGUGCUCUACGGAGGGGACGAUGCCCAGGGCAUGAUGGCGGCGAUGCUGUCCCACGCCUACGGCCCCGGCGGCUGCGGGGCGGCGGCGGCUGCCGCCCUAAACGGGGAGCAGGCGGCCCUGCUCCGGAGGAAGAGUGUCAACACCACUGAGUGCGUCCCGGUGCCCAGCUCCGAGCACGUCGCCGAGAUUGUCGGUCGCCAGGGUUGUAAAAUUAAAGCACUGAGAGCCAAGACAAACACAUAUAUCAAGACACCUGUUCGUGGUGAAGAGCCCAUUUUUGUUGUCACUGGACGGAAAGAAGAUGUUGCCAUGGCCAAAAGAGAAAUUCUCUCAGCUGCAGAGCACUUCUCCAUGAUCCGUGCAUCUCGAAACAAAAAUGGUCCUGCCCUGGGAGGGUUGUCAUGUAGUCCAAAUCUGCCAGGUCAAACCACCGUUCAAGUGAGGGUCCCCUAUCGUGUGGUAGGAUUGGUCGUUGGGCCCAAAGGAGCAACUAUAAAGAGAAUUCAGCAGCAGACCCACACAUACAUAGUAACUCCAAGCAGAGAUAAGGAGCCUGUCUUUGAAGUGACAGGGAUGCCCGAAAAUGUUGACCGAGCGCGAGAAGAAAUAGAAAUGCAUAUUGCCAUGCGUACAGGAAACUAUAUUGAACUCAACGAAGAAAAUGAUUUCCAUUACAACGGUACCGACGUAAGCUUUGAAGGUGGCACUCUUGGCUCUGCGUGGCUCUCCUCCAAUCCAGUUCCUCCCAGCCGCGCAAGAAUGAUAUCCAAUUAUCGAAAUGAUAGUUCCAGUUCUCUGGGAAGUGGUUCCACAGAUUCCUACUUUGGAAGCAAUAGGCUGGCUGACUUUAGUCCAACAAGCCCAUUUAGCACAGGAAACUUUUGGUUUGGAGACACACUACCAUCUGUAGGCUCAGAAGAUCUUGCAGUUGAUUCUCCUGCCUUUGACUCUUUACCAACAUCUGCUCAAACUAUCUGGACUCCGUUUGAACCAGUUAACCCACUGUCUGGCUUUGGGAGUGAUCCCUCUGGUAACAUGAAGACUCAGCGUAGAGGAAGUCAGCCAUCCACUCCUCGUCUGUCUCCUACAUUUCCUGAGAGCGUUGAACACCCACUUGCUCGGAGGGUUAGGAGCGACCCCCCUAACUCAGGCAACCAUGUUGGCCUUCCGAUAUACAUCCCUGCUUUUUCUAAUGGUACCAAUAGCUACUCCUCUUCCAAUGGCGGUUCCACCUCUAGCUCACCUCCAGAAUCCAGACGAAAGCACGAUUGUGUGAUUUGCUUUGAGAAUGAAGUUAUUGCUGCCCUAGUUCCGUGUGGCCACAACCUCUUCUGCAUGGAAUGUGCCAACAAGAUCUGUGAAAAGAGAACGCCAUCAUGUCCAGUUUGCCAGACAGCUGUUACUCAGGCAAUCCAAAUUCACUCUUAACUAUAUAUAUAUACAUAAAUACUAUAUCUCUAUAUGGACUCGUAAAGGCAUGGGUAUAAUGGUACCCCCAGUAAACUUCCUAAUGAAUUCUUAUGACUGUUAUCAGGCUUUAUUGGGAUUAGGCUAAAGUUGUUAGUAAACUUAUAAAAGGCUGCUAUGGUAACACUAAACCUAAGUGGUCUCUUGUCUAUUAGUUUGGUUUGAAUUAUUAAUACUAUCCUGUAGACCCAGAGACAUAGCUUGUGUAAGAAUUGUUAAAACUGAAGUUCAGCUUGGCUGAGUGAAGAUAAUCAUAGGUUGUGUGAGCCUAUGAGAAAAGUUUAUACGUCUAGAUUUCAAAACCGUGGGUCCCAAAGCCUAGCCACAUUAAGAGUUUAUGGAGGGUACUUGGCAUUACAGAUGAUUCAGACACUUCCAGUGCUGCCUUCUUUACACUGCCAGUUUUGACAAAACAGGUUCGUUUUUUAUUUUACAACAACUUAUGCCUAAUUCUGCAGGAUUGCAAGUAACUUUUUAAUGCAUUGUGAUGACUUAUUGGUAAUAAUAGGGCUGAUGGCAGUUUACUCGAUCACUGGUUAUAAUUUGGGACAAAAAACUGCUACAUUGACCUUCAUCUCGCCCAGAAUGCUCACGGCUGGUAUGAUCAGUGGAUCAGGAAUGCAAUUGUGCCGAUUGUGAAUUCCUACCCAUUGCCUCCCUUGGUGAAUGUGGAAAUGGCCAGCUGGGUUUUCCCAUUUCAGGAAGGGCUUUGGGAUGCACCUGUAUUGGCUAGUAAUUAAGGAUGCGAACAUUCCAUUCAUUCGUCUGAUCAAGCUGUUGAUUAAUUUUUAGACUAUAGAUCAAAAUGUGAAACAUUUUAUGUUCAAUCCAUAUGUCUUGCACAUUAUAAAUAUAUUUUUAUUUUUUAGUAAUUUAGGGGAGGGGGAGGGAGAGAGGGAUAAUAAUGCCCUUAGCAUAAUUUACAAAAGCAGCUGUGAUGACCUUCAAUCAGUUUACUUCAUUUCAAAACUAUUUCCAAUCACAAGGAAAGAUUUCUUUAAGAUACACUUUUACAUUUCACCUGUGGAUGUCUAUAACUUCAUCCUCAGUAUGUUCCCAAAUCUGUGCUGGCAUUGAAAGGACAAAACAAUAUACUGGUGGGUUUUUCUACUAAUUAUUUUUUGAAGCGUUAUUUUCCCAACACAAAAGAGCUUUUUUUCUCAAUAUAACAAAAAAUUGAAAAUCCUAUGUGUAUUGAAUAGUAAAUAGACAAAUUUUAUUUUUUAUUUCCACUUGAAGAGUUACAUUUCGUAUAAAAGUUUACAAAUAACGGUUUUUAUUUUGAUUUUUUUCAGUAUAAAAAUUGCCUUGAUGGCAUAUUAUGAUGUAAUGCUAAUUGCUUGUAGGAUAGUUAAAUGUCAGUAUUGAAACCUAAUCUUUAGCUGCCGUCUUGUAGAUACGAACGAAUGUUCACCAAGCAUGUAUUUUGUAUUUUGUUGCAUUGUACACGGCAACUAAUAAGCCAAGGAAUCGACAUAUAUUAGGUGCGUGUACUGUUUCUAAAAACCACAAACUAAGAAUGAUAAAUUAUCAAUAUAGUUUAGUAUUUGCUAAUUUUACUACACUCUUUUGUUAUGUAUAUGUAGGGAAGUCAUAGGGAUUAUAAAUUCAAUUUGAGUAAAGUUUAAAACCAUAUAUUUUAUGAUAAAGGGCCUUUAACUUAAGAUGGCCAAAGCACUGAUAUUAUAUAUUUGCUGUAAAGAGAAUUAUAAGAGUUUUAUUUUUCUGAUAUUAAAAGUUACUUAAUAAAGACUUGUUUCCAUUAACUUGAAUGUAUUCUCCUUGGUGUUUUUCAUGCAAUCAUUAGUUUAGACUGGAAGAUAGCCAUUUGCUAGAAUUGAACAUUUUCUUUUACAAAGUUUCCCCUCUCCUAAGCCAGCUCCCUGUGUUCAUUCUUGGAGUGAUUUUUUUUUUUUUUUUUUUUUUUAGUGUGUUCUUAGUGUUAAAUGUGUCACUUAUGCUCCUAUCCAAAUUUAGCUUUUCCUUUAAAUGAGUGUAAAAUUAGAGAUUUAGCUAGUUUUAGAUUGUUUAGUUGCUUGUGUAGUCGACCACAAUUACUAUUAACCUAAUUGUAAAUAAUGACUUUUUAUACAUUAAUGUUAACUAAAAUCCUGAAUCCUUAUAGACUCAGUUUCUACCCUUUGUUACAGGUUUUUGUGUUUUUAAUCAUUAAAUCUAGAAAACGAACUUCUUUCUGAUGCGAAGGUACAAGUUUUUAACUUUCAGUCACAAAGUACCUUCUGAAAGGUUUGUGGUUGAUAAAAAUAUUACUCCAUUAAUGAAAUGAUUUGUUACUGAUUGGAGUAAAUCACUGCCAUUUGUUACAAAGCAAGAAUAAAGACCUUUCUAAGAUGUUUUAAAGAAACGAAAAUUCUGUUCAUUCUUAGAAAUAUUACACAGCCACAGUGAGUCUUUUCAUGGUAGGUGCUGGACAGAAAUUCUUCAGCUGCGCUAGAAGACUGGAGAGAUUUGAUGAUGGGUAAGAUCACUGCCCUAGAAUUGCUUUGCUAGCUUUAGGAUUAACCCCCACCAGUAUGAAGGAGAAGUGUUUGGGUGUGGUACAGGACUGUCAUCCGGCCCCUCUGAUCCGCAGUUUUUCUUUCUGCCAUUUCAGUUACCCACACGGUCGGCUGCUGUCCAGCCUGGAGGUAGGUUACCCUCAGCCUAACAGCUUCACAACACCUGCGUCCUUCCCCUCACUUCAUCUCAUCGUGUAGGCAUUUUCUCAUCACAAGAAGCAGGGUCAUAUUUUGAGAGAGAAAGAGAGCCCACAUUUACAUAACUUGUUUUACAGCAUAUUGUUACAAUUGUUUUAUAUUCUUUUUUUUUUUAAGAAUUUAUUUAUUUGACAGAGAGAGACACAGCGAGAGAGGGAACACAGGCAGGGGGAGUGGGAGAGGGAGAAGCAGGCUUCCUGCUGAGCAGGGAGCCCGAUGCGGGGCUCGAUCCCAGGACCCUGGGAUCAUGACCUGAGCCGAAGGCAGAUGCUUAAUGACUGAGCCACCCAGGCGCCCCUUGUUUUAUCAUUCUUGUUAAUCUCUUAAAAAUCUCUUACUCUUAUAAAUCAACUUUAUCAUAGGAUGCAUGUAUAGGGAGAAACAGUACUUUUAGGGUUUGGUACUAAUCGUGGUUUCAGGCAUCCACUGGGGGUCUUGGAACAUCCUCCUCAGAUGAGGGGAUGGGCUGCUGUGUUUAUACAACUCCAACAUAGACGGAAUGACCAGUGAAUAUGAAUUUCUUGUACCCAAUACAAGGUCAAGAUCUUUCAGAGGACCUUAAAAAUAAUUUACUUUGGAGGCUUUCCUUGCCACAGGAAGCCAAAACUGUCUGAAACUUACGUUAGCAAAACCGAGAAGCACUUCCCUAAGUUGGAAGUCUAGAGCUGCCUUUCUUCAGACGUUUGCGUUCAUUUUCUUGCGUAGGGAAGUACUGGGGGAGAGAGGCUCUAGGAAAGCUGUGGACCUGCCUUACCAGAGAAUUGCUACACCACUGGAUGAUCUGCAAUGUGAAUAGUUAAGAAUUAGGCAAACCUGCUGAGUACUUGACAUUACAUGUUUCCCCCACUAUCUGAAAUUAAAUGUUCCUAUAAAACCUUUUAUAAGCUGAAAAGCCAUAAAGCAAAGAAGCAGUUAAAAAGUGAAAAUCCUCUUCAGAUUUGUUUUGGUUAACAAAAAUGGAUAGUAAUGUGGGUCUUUCAUAAAAGCAAAGUGGUACAAAGCAAACUUUUGGACAGUGGAGGUAACCUGUCUUCCAUUUUCCCAGCCUUGAAGGAUAGGUGCUAAGGUGAAAGUACUUGGUUUGGCUGGCAGCUCAGUUAAAAUGGCAUGUCAUUCUUUCUAUAUGGGAUUUUAUCGAAGGGAUUCCCUUGCAAAGCAGGUUUUUAGCAAGAGUAAAGAAGGCUAGAAUAAUUAGGUUUUGAAAAUCGGUACAGGUAUAUUAUUACACUUCAAAUUAUUCCUUUUUUAAUUAUUUUUUAAUUAACAUAUAAUGUAUUAUUUGUGAUUCAUCAGUCUUAACACCCAGCGCUCACCACAACACAUACCCUCCCCAGUUAUUCUUAUCAGUGGCUCUCUUCGCCUGAAAACCAGACAAUGGUUCUCAAUAGGCUACCAGUUCUCAAUAUGCUCCCCCCAUUCCUGGUCCCACUUAAAUUUCUACUUCUAUCAUUCCAAAAGUUUUUGUAAAUAAUGGGGAUUAGGGGUGUUUAUAAUAUAUAGUGAACAUCUUUUUCAUGGCAGUGUACUUCCACAACAUAAUUCAGCUGCAGUAAUCUUCUGUUCUAUGGCUAGUCCAUACUUAGC